AUGGCACGCUUUGUUCUAAUCCAUGGCAUGUGUCAUGGAGCUUGGUGUUGGUACAAGGUUGUCUCGCUGCUCAAAUCAGCCGGCCACCGUGCCAUACCGUUGGAUCUGGGUUCCAGUGGCAUCAACCCGAAGCAGAUCAGCGAGCUGGAUUCGGUGUGGGAUUAUGCGCAGCCUUUGAUGGAAUUCAUGGCUUCUUUGCCUCAAGAGGAGAAGGUGAUAUUAGUGGGUCAUAGCUUUGGUGGGGUAACCAUUUCUUUAGCCAUGGAAAGUUUCCCUAUCAAAGUGCUGGCUGCUGUUUACAUCACAGCUUUUAUGCCCACUCAUCGUUCUCCUAUUGCAACUGCAGUAGCCGAGUGCCUGAAAAGGACAUCGGAGGAGCCGAUCAUGGAUUUCCAGCAAACCUUCGAUGAUGGGUUUGAAAAUCCACCAACUCGUGCCUUAUUUGGACCAAAAUUCAUCGAGGCAAAGGACAUAGAAUUAGCCUUAACCUUGCAGAGACAAGGGAAGUGGUUCAUCAAAGAUUUGUCCGAUGAAUCUUUGCUAUCGGAAGAGAAAUUCGGAUCCGUCGAUCGGGUUUAUAUAGUUUGCGAAGAUGAUUUGCUGAUGAAACAUAGCUUGCAGAAAUGGUACAUCGAAAAUAGUCCGACUGCUGAUGUGAAAUUCAUAGCUGGUGCAGAUCAUAUGCCCAUGUUUUCCAAGCCACACGAGGUCUGCAAAUUUCUCCAAGAAGUUGCUGCCAGAUAUAAUUGA